AUGUCAGAUACAGUCGAAAACAAAAUUGAUCCAGAACAACCAUCAAGAUUGAAGAAUAGUAAGAAUGUCGUUGUGGCGUUCAAACUCGAUGGGAAAAAUUACCCGCUGUGGUCGAGACUUAUGAAAGUCAAUAUAGGCGGUCGAGGUGCAUAUUCGCACAUCCGAAAAGAACCCCCAGAGCCAAGGAGCAAGGGGUACGAUGAUUGGGAGGAGGACGAUUUGGUGGUAUUCUCGUGGAUCGUCGACAACAUUGAAGAUGAAAUUAUUGCCUAUUUCGCUCACCAUCAAACAUCCAAGGCACUGUGGGAUAGUCUCGCAGUGACGUUCGAGAACAAGGCGGACAAAUACCUAAUAUACGACUUGGAGGAGAAAAUUAUAACGAUUAAGCAGGGAAAUAUGGACUUGGAGACGUAUUACCGAAGGAUCCAUGGGUUAUGGAUCAAUGUUGACCAAUGCCAUAAGAAGCCAAUCACAUGUUGUGAUAAGGGAGUCGACCAAUACCGAAUCUACUUGAACGAGAAACGGUUGUUCAAGUUCCUGGCCGGGCUAAACCCAGAGUAUGAUUCGAUCAAGAGGGACAUCCUCAAGGAGGAGCCUUACCCAAUCAGUAGAGUCGGCUUAUGGGUGGGUAAAGACGGAGGCGGCUCGACAACAGAUCAUGCCACCAACAUCGUCUUCCCCAAACCCCGAAACCGUCAGCGUGAAUACCGGGGAUACAUCAUCUGGGGAUGGCAUCGGGAGUGGGUUAGCUGCACAAAGCCAACGUCCAGCAUAUCGGAGUGGAGGACCACUGCGCCCCACCGCAGCUACCGGCCGACCGGGAAACCGACCGGACAAAUCAGGGCUGUGGUGCACUCACUGCCAGAAACCCAAACACACGUAUGA